AUGUCCGGGACAAAGCUGCUCGACGGGACUGAAGCCCUGGACUCGGUUCUUGAAGUGUGGCAGCGGAAGCUGAACAAUACCGAGCUCGACCUCUACAUUGAUGAGAUCCAAGGAAUCUUGGACAAAUUUGUGACCGAGGGCAAUGGCAUAAUGCAGGGCGACAAGCGCUCGGUCUGGCUCCGAAUGGCCCACCUCUGGCCUGGAGGCAAAGUGACCAUUCUGGAACAGCUUCGCUCGACCGCCAACAGCCACUUCGGCGCCGGGAUGAAAGAAGCAAUUAUCAAAUUCGGCGUCAUGAACACCGAGCUCCAAUGGCUGGAGAGGCUUCGACAUUAUCACCUCACCAAUGACGGUGCCAAAUUGAUUGAAGCUUUGAAGAACACAGGGCAUCAAAACUGGGACCCUCUGCAGAGACCCGACUGGCUGCUUAUGGAAUUGGAAUGUGAUCUUCUCAUCAGGCCUGAGCAGGUUCAGGUUGCCAACGCGAUCAUAUCCCCAUCAUCCGGCAUGAACUCUGUCUUGCAGAUGAACAUGGGUCAAGGUACUGUACUUCGCCACUUGUCGUACUGGGGUUUCGCUGACCACCAGAUUGCUCGCCUUGUCGUGCCCAAAGCGCUGUUGCUGCAGUCAGCUCAAGUGGUUCAGUCGAGGAUCGGCGGUCUCGUUGGUCGAGAAAUCCGCCACAUUCCCUUCUCUCGCCGGACGCCAUCCACGGAUGAGAUUCUUCGUCUUUACAGGGACUUGCACAAGGAAAUCCGUGAAGAAUCAGGCGUCCUCCUGACUACGAGUGACCACAUGCUCUCAUUCAAACUCAGCGGCCUCCAACGUCUUGUCGACUCGAAGACAUCCGAGGCUGAGACGAUGAUUCGAUUUCAAGAAACAUUGACACGAUUUUCCCGAGACGUCAUUGACGAAUCCGACUUCACUCUGGCGGUCAAGACACAACUCAUCUAUCCAGAUGCUGAAGAUGAAUUCCACCGUCUCAUUAUCGAGGACAUCGUCAACAACCGGACCUCUUUCUUGCGACUCUUGGAGUCCGGAGUUCCGCCAAAGAAAGUUAGGAGGACCAUACGGCAAUUUCUGUCCGAAGCCGACACUAAGAUGCAGGACAAAGACGGACUGAAAGAAGUGGUCAAUCUUUUUGCUGAUCAGGAGUCCGCAGCAAAGACUCUCCUACUGGUUCGUGGUCUUAUCUUGAACAGAAUUCUGCUCUUCUGUAUGAAGCGACGUUACAAUGUCCAGUAUGGGCUGCACCCAACACGAGACCCAAUGGCUGUUCCGUUCGAAGCCAAGGGUGUGCCUUCUGAAAGCAGCGAGUUCGGUCACCCAGAUGUUGCCAUAAUCUUGACAACGCUGUCGUUCUACUAUGCGGGGCUCACCCCUGCUCAGUUCCGCCAGAGUCUCUCCAGUGUGCUCAAGGCUGAUGACGCUGCCUCCGCAUACGACCGAUGGAUUCAUGGAUGCGACACAUUGCCAGCAGGGCUGCGUCACUGGAAUGUCAUCAACUGUGACGAUGAUGGCCAAGUUGAUGAGCUGUACACCCAUUUGCGUCUUGACAGGAACGUUCUUAACUCUUAUCUGAACGCUUGGGUGUUCCCCUUGUACGCUAAGCAAUUUGGCUUGAAACUCUCGGCGUCUGCAUGGGAUCUUCCCAACUACACAAGACCCCAGAAGUCAGCGUUGUCGGGGGCGAGAAGUACGGGUUUCUCUGGCACCAACGACAACAAAUCGCUGCUGCCGUUGACGAUUCGCCAAGAUGACCUCCCUAGUCUGGUUCAGACCAACGCAGAGGUCCUGUCUUAUCUUCUCCAGCCGCGGAAUCGCCACUACUACUGUGCAGCCUACCAUGGCACUCGGAUGACCGAAGAGCAGCUCCUGCACAAGUUAUACAAGGAGAAAAUCAUGGUUCUUAUCGAUGCUGGAGCCUACAUCCUUGAGCUCAGCAACCAAGCACUGGUCAGCAAGUGGCUAGAGAUGUACCCAAUGGCCAAAGCUGGAGUGUUCUUUGGAUCGGACAACCGCGCCUGGGUCCUCUACAGAGGGGUCAAAAAGAAGAAGGUCCCACUUGUUGCGACUCCUUUUGCGGACAACUUGGCUGAUUGCUUGGUGUUUCUGGACGAGGCACAUUGCCGUGGAACCGACUUGAAGCUUCCUCAAGACGCCAAAGGAGCGUUGACACUUGCUCUGGGCCAGACGAAAGAUCAAACCGUACAGGCUGCGAUGAGGCUCCGGCAAUUGGCAACGACUCAGUCAGUUGCCUUCUUUGCCGGCCCUGAAGUCCAUCAAAGCAUCAUUGAUGUUUGCAAGCUUCCGAAAAAUGGCUUCAUCCACUCUGGACAUGUCGUUAAGUGGCUCCUGGAGCAGUCAUGCUCUGCCAAUGAGCAUCUAGUAAAUCUUCACCUUGCUCAAGGCGUGGACUACUGCCGGCGACUUGAUGCACAAUGGAGGUACGAUAAGUUCUUAGCCACAGACGAACACCGCAUGAUGCUGCUUAACGUCAUCCGGCAGCAGGAGCGACAGACCCUGAACCAGCAAUACGGUCAGGUCUCCGAUAAUUCCAUCAAGGGCUCAUCAGAUGAGGUGGUGUUCCCUUGUCUCAAGACAUUGAUGUCCAAGCUGGCCUCUCAGCGGAGGUCCAUGGCUGGCAAAUUCAAUGCGAAUGGCAUGCACAGCUCCGCUCUUGAGGAGGUGGAGCAGGAGCGCGAGGUCGAAUUCCAGGUUGAAGAGGUGCGCCAGGUCCAGAAACGCAAGGUUUUCAAGCCGCUCGCCUUCUCCCGCCUACACCCUGCUUUCGAGGACUUUGUCCACAAGGGAAGGCUUGUUGGCGACGAGGGAUACGUGCAUGCCUUCACCUUCCUGGGGACCACAUCCAUUGGUCAGAAGUUCAUGGUAAAGCGAACCUCGAGCCGUUUCUUCGUCUCCAAAGAGUUCACUCGCACUGUUGUAUUGAGCAAACAGGGGCAGAAUAAGCAUCCCGACAACUUCCUUCGACCUGUUGAGUGGAUCAUGUGGAGCUCUUUGACGGAGACUGCCCUGGUUGUCAUUCCUGAAGAGGCGGAACUUCUGAUCCCGAUCAUCCGCAGAGCUGGCCCUAGGUGUCUGGUCCACCUCAUGACCUACGCCGCACCGGUAACCAAGUCGACCCUGCGGAACUUCAACAGCCUCAAGUACUACAAUAUGCCGACACUCCCAGACGAUUACCAGUUUCCAAAUUGGUUCACCGUGGAGUUGGGCAUUCUUUCGGGACGGCUUUACGUCAGUCAUGAGGACUGUGCCCUUGUCGCGAAGUACCUGCAGAUGUCGCAGCAAGUAGAAGACCAGAUGGACGGUUCAGCGGACGAAGAGGAAACGUUUGCGCGAAAUCCUGUCACGUUCAUGUUGGAGUGGCUGGCCCAUCGCAGGCAGUCAGAUAUCCAGCAGACACCCAUGGGAUACAUUCUAAGAGGCAGGAUCGAGGCGCUGCACCCGGAGCACCCCUUCUUUACGGUGAGGACGGACGAGGAUCAAGGCGUCUUGGAGGCACCUUUGUCAACCGGAAAUCUUCGCAAGGUGGAUGAUGAUGAAGACGAUGAUUCCUCCGAUCUGGAUCAUGAUGAUGAUGAAAUUGACGAGGGAUGGGACGACCUCGGGCAAGAGCUCGAGGGACUAGGGCUAGGAGACGGCCUCGUAGACGGCCCCGCAGAGCAUCUCGGAGAGGAUCCCGGCCGAGAGAGCCCUGUUGAUGGCUGA